GGGGAGCCGCUCUCUCUUCCUGGGCAGCCAUGGCUGGACCGAUAGGGAGGCUGCGGCACCUGUGCGACUGUUAUCAGGAUUACGUGAAGCGGCAUCCGGCGGCCACUGCCCAGCUGGAGAGUACCGUGCGCGGUCUCUCCUACCUGCUGCCAGGUCGGUUCUCUGACUCUCAUGAGCUGUCUGAGCUUGUCUAUUCUGCCUCCAAUUUGCUGGUGCUGCUUAAUGACUGGAUCCUUCGGAAGGAGCUGAAGCAGUCUCUUCCUGUGUCACUCCCUCAGCAGAAACUGCUAACAUGGCUGAGCGUUCUCGAAUGCAUGGAGGUCUUUGCCGAGAUGGGUGCUGUCAAGGUGUGGGGUGAGACUGGCAGGUGGGCCGUUAUUGUCCUCAUUCAGCUAGCCAAAGCCAUCUUGCGCCUCCUGCUGUUGCUCUGGUACAAAGCUGGCAUCCAGACGUCUCCUCCCAUUGUGCCACUAGACAGGAGACAGUCAUUGCAGCAGCAAGACAUGGAAGGCAACUUGGUUGGGAAGGAGCGGAUAUAUGUGGGGAAGCGCUCCAGCCGUGUCGUGAGGUCCCUUGAUAGCACUCCAUCCCUGCACUCCAGACACUGGGGAGCUCCUCAGCGAUGGGAGGAGACGCAGAACCGAAGAGCAGUGGAGCUAGACCAAUCACCAACCCCUUUGGGCAUCCAAGAAACCAUUGCAGAGUCCAUCUAUGUUACCCGUCCUUUGCUCCACUUGAUAAGUUUAGGGUUAUGGGGACAGAGAUCCUGGAAACCGUGGCUCCUCUCAGCAGUGCUGGAUAUCACAAGCUUGAGUUUACUGAGUGAUAUGAAAGACCUCAACAAGCGUGAGCAUGUGGAGCUGAGGCGCCGGACUGUCCUGCUGCUGUAUUACCUGCUGAGAUCUCCCUUCUAUGACAGAUACUCUGAGGGCAGGAUCCUCUUUCUGCUGCGCCUGUUGGCAGAUUACGUCCCUGGAGUUGGCUUAGUCACCCGGCCACUGAUGGAUUACUUGCCAGCCUGGCAGAAAAUCUAUUUCUACAACUGGGGUUGAUCUUAUUCAGUUGGGACUAUUGCAGUCAGGAAUGGCUCAGCCUGAAGCAUACGCCUGGGAUGGCAGGAUGGCUUUAUAGAGGCAGUCGUGAGACUUUUUAAAAACAUCAGCACAUCUUUCUAUGGCUUAUGCUAAUGGUUUCCAAGAUACGAGUACAGGCUCUUUGAACUUUUCAAAGAAGCAUUUUCUUGUGAACACUGGACACUAUGAAGACUGUGAUUUAUUAGUACCUCUGCUGUUCCCUUUUGCAUUCUGAUAUAACUGAUUUCAAGGCUGGGGCAGGGGAGUGCAAACUCUUUUUGUAUGCAUUUUGUAUAGUUUUGAGUUAAUAAAGCCUGGAGAUGGCAUUGCUUUUGGUCU